AUGACAAGUCGUUCCAGUAGAUGGGAGCAGAAAGGGUCAUUCUAUAGGGCUCGGGGCAGGCUCGAGGAUCGGCAUCACGGCCCCACGACCUCGCGACCUCACGACCAGAUCAAAAGCAGCUCAGCCAAAGGGAUCGCCGGAGUCGUGAGGAUCAUAACCAUAGCCUGGCCGAUCUCGCGUACCUGGCUUGUCGAUCCGAGCUGUCGCGUGCCACAUCGCUCGAAGCGCCUUCGAUCAGCCGACUCUGCCCCCACCAGGAUCCAGACUCGAGUAAGGCGUGUGAAUCACAGGCAACGCAAGUCACUGGGCUCGCUUUCGACAUGUAGGCGCGUUCAUCCACUGAUCGACGAGGCUUGA